CCUGUUUAAUGUGAAUUUGUGAAGUCACUUCUCAAAGUAAUAUGGUUGUCAGUAGUGUGUUAUAGUCAGAUAAUUGGUUUUAGCCAUCUGUUUUGAAGUAUACAUCUUGCAGCAUUAUGCAAUUUGAGGAGCUGGAAGUAGCAGUAGAAAAUGAAUCAACAGCUAUAGAGUUUGCAGUGAAGAAAAAUUUAUUACCAGAAAAGAAAACACUUUGUCCAGUCUGUUUCAUUGGCAAUGUUGGCUGGUAUAAACGCUCCAAUGAAGGACUGAAAGUGCCAUUUUCAUUGAGGUGCUCAAGAAAAAAGUGUCGCAAAAAGUGGUCAGUCACAAAAAAUACAUGGUUCUUUGGGUCUCAUUUAAGUGUACGCCAAAAUUUUAUGUUAAUAUAUUUUUGGAUUAGAGGUGAUAAUAUUAGUGAAUCUGCUGAACAACUAAAAUUGAGCAAGACUACUGUUCUGGACUACUAUCAGUUCUGUCGUGAGGUAUGCUAUGUGAUUGUAAGUAACCGGACCAAACCUAUUGGUGGACCUGGUCAUGUGGUGGUGAUAAAUGAAUUUCACGUUGACAGAUUCAUCGCUUCUCAGCGGAAACGAGUCUGUUUUCUAGAAGGAGUAGAUAAGGACACAAAUGAUUGUUUUUUGCUUGAAAUUCAAAAGAACAAUGCUGGGACUCUGAUUCCAUUAAUCAAAACUUUUGUUUUACAAGGCUCCAAAAUAUUGACAGAUACGUGGGAAUCGUAUAAAAAGUUGAAGAGUGAUGAGUUUCAGAAAGAGUUUGUUGACCAUCAUUUAGAAUUUGUGGAGUCUGAUAAUGCAGAAGGGAAAAGUAACGAAGUAAAGUGUAUGUGGCGUACUGCAAAACGUUUUGUAGAUGAAGCUCAGGAGUCAAGAACUCGUGACCUGUGUUUGUUUCAAUACCUGUACUUCCAUCCUAUGGAGUUACUGAGUACAGGAGAAAAGUUUGAUAGAUUUCUGGAAGAUGUUGCGAAAGUAUACCCAGGCCCAUUCAGAGAUCCAUUGACGGCUGUUGUGUAUUAGAGUGUGUUUAAAAUAGUAUAGUGUAGUUGUCCACCAUGACAACUGCAAAUAAUGUUCCUGUUUCUGAAGUACUCCGAAAUAAAAGUCAGUUUGAAGAAGAUGAACCUAAAAAGAAAUCCCGAGAAGACUGGAGGAAAGCUAAGGAACUUGAAGAAGCACGGAAGGCUGGAACUGCUCCAGCUGCAGUGGAUGAGGAAGGAAAAGAUAUCAACCCUCACAUCCCACAAUACAUAUCAUCUGCCCCAUGGUACUUUGGUGCAAAAGGUCCCACCCUAAAACAUCAGCGACCGCAGCCAGAAAAGGAGAAGACGUUUUCAAAACUAGAUGAGUGGUACAAAAGAGGAGUUGACACAACCUCUGUUGCAGUGAAAUACAGGAAAGGGUCUUGUGAAAACUGUGGGGCAAUGACACAUAAGAAGAAAGACUGCAUGGAACGACCACGGAAAGUGGGUGCUAAAUAUACAGGAGCUAAAAUUGCUGCAGAUGAGUUUAUUCAGCCAGAGUUGGCAAUGGAUUAUGAUGGGAAGCGUGACAGGUGGAGUGGUUAUGACCCAUCACAACAUAAAGCGAUUAUUGAAGAAUAUCAGAAGAUUGAGGAGGCAAAGAGACAACUGAGAGCAGAUAAGUUGAACUCGACUGUGGAUGGGGAUGUUGAGUCAGAGGAUGUAGACAAAGAGGAUGAAGACAAAUAUGUAGAUGAGGUGGACAUGCCUGGUACCAAGGUAGACAGUAAGCAGCGGAUCACAGUGCGUAACUUGAGGAUACGUGAAGAUACAGCCAAGUAUCUGCGUAAUUUGGAUCCAAACUCAGCUUACUAUGAUCCUAAGACACGUUCUAUGAGGGAUGAUCCACAUGCUAGUGCUUCGCUUGUUGAGCAAGAUGUUGAUUAUGCUGGUGAGAAUUUUGUGCGAUUCUCUGGAGAUACCCAGAAGCACUCUGUGGCACAGGUGUUUGCUUGGGAGGCAUAUGAGAAAGGUGUUGAUGUGCAUUUGCUGGCGGAGCCCACUAAACUUGAGAUGCUUCAGAAGGAGUAUGACAAAAAGAAGGACCAGUUCAAGAGUCAGGUGCAGGAGAGCAUCCUUCAGCGCUACGGAGGUGAAGAACAUCUCCAGGCACCUCCCAAACCUCUGUUGCUUGCACAGACUGAGGAGUACGUGGAGUACUCUCGUUAUGGCAAGGUUAUCAAGGGCCAAGAGAAACAAAUAAUCCGUUCCAAAUAUGAAGAGGACGUGUUCCCUAAUAACCACGCUUCUGUGUGGGGGUCCUACUGGCACAAUGGACGUUGGGGAUUCAAGUGUUGUCACUCAUUUGUGAAGAACUCCUACUGCGUUGGUGAAGCGGGGAAAGCCGCAUCAUCAAAUACGUCUGGACCACUUGCUGGGACAUCUAGUGAAUCUUCUCAUAACCAUGAGAAGGAAGAAUCCAGUAGUUCUGUUGAGAGUUCAGAUUCUUCAUCAGAUAGUGAUUCAGAAUGUGAGAAACGAAAAGCAUUUGCUGCUGAGAAUAGCAAGAAAGAGAAGAGAAAGAGGAGAAAAGAGAAGAAAAGGAAACAGAAAGAAAGGAAAAAAAUUAAAGCUAAGGAGGAAAGUGAAGAGGAUAAAUUGAAGGCUGCGUUGGCACAAGAGGAACUUAAUCAUAAAGAGGCUGUACGUAUUCUUGCUAUGGAUGAGCGUAAACGACCUUAUAACAGCAUGACUGAAAUAAAGAAACCGACGGAUGAAGAGAUGGAAGCAUAUUAUAUGAAGAAGAGGCGAGAUGAAGAUCCCAUGGCUCAGUUCAUUGGUUGAGUGAGCUGUCUCAAAUGUUGAUCCAUCACAGAUAUACCUUUUUAUGUCAUCUCUUGAUUUUGUAUAAGAAAAAUUAAAUUAAAGGUGUAAUAUCAGAACCCAUUUAUGUACAUAGUUUAAGCAGUUAAGUAUAUAUUUACCUAACAUGGGCUACUUUCUGUAUUUAGAGUAUAAGACUUCUUAUUUUAUUAUUGUGAAUUAGUUACUUUAGAUUUUUAGUGUAGUAGGUAUUAGUGUAUGGCUAAAAUACAAACAUGUGCUUACUGCUUAUAGUAUAACAUGUACAAUAACAAUUAAAUGUAGCACUUAAGUUUAUCAUACAUUAGUUUCUGAAUUGUGAAAUUAAUUAAGAUCUACAUAAUAUUUUUAAUUUGUAGACUGAGUUCUUGUAAAUUGUCAGACAAUAAGUAGAAAAACGAAUUUUCGAAAUAAUUUGGUCUCAGAUUUUUGAACUUGGUUUGUCCUUCAAAUAUUUUUCUCAAUGACAGCAUUCCAGAACGAAAGUUGUCGUUUGUUCAAACGUAAGGGCAGCAGAUACUUUCAAAAACUGCGAACAGGUGGGUGUAUGCGGGCUAUCGUGCACAUGCUCGAGUGCGACCGUGAAAGAGCGAGACACCUAUGCCACGAUGCUUAAAUAUUAAGCAAAACCUUGAUCCAGGAACCUACAAAUGAGCAAGAUCUACUGCAUUAUGAGUGAUUGUUGAUGUUUGUUGUAGGAAAUUUUUGCUAGUGUGAUAUGAAAGAAAUUGUUUGAACAAUCUUGUUAGAGUCUUAGAAUUCUGAUGACCUCUAUUUAUAUUGGUUUUAUAAGUUGUGUUUUUGGUUUGAAUUUGAUUUGUGAUAGGAAUACAGUGAUGUUGACUGUGGGUUAUGGUCUAGGUCAUGUCACCUGUGGCUUUGAAUCCCACUCAAGGCAUGGAUGUUUGUCUGUUUUUCUGUAUACAGGUAGAGAGAGGCCUUGCGAUGGUAUGAUCACUUGUCCAAGGAGUCCUACUAAAAUUCAAAUAGAUUAAAUAACCUCCAAAAGAGGUAGCCAGGACCCACACUGAGUUGUAGAACCUGAGAUGAGACGAGGUUAUGUUACCAUUUUAUGAAGAAAUCUGUCUUCUGGGUUGUUGCCCUGUGUAGUCUGAUCGAUGUUUACCAACGUUUCAGAGGUCAUAUUGCCUCUGUCAUCAGGGCGCAACACCCCAGAAGACAGAAAUCUUCAUACUCACUGCUGUGAAAACCUCAAAUCUUACCAUUUUAUCUUGUGGGUGGUUAGAAACAUUUUGGUAAAACUCAUCUUGUCAAAUUGCUGGCACAUUCUACAUUAUCUCUUACCUGCUGUUUUCAGUAUUGAAUGUUUUGUGCUUGAGGUUGUGUGGGACUUACUGUAACUCACUUUAAGUUUUGCUUUUAAGUUCUGAAAUGAAAGAAUGUGCCCUUUUGAGCAGGGUAUCACGGAUUUCAGUUUUUUAUUACUAUUUGAUUAAACUAAAGUUUUGCCGUUUUUAAGAAUAAAUGUAACAUAGACCUCAUGUGAAGUAAAAACGAGUAAGACGGCAAACCCAAACCUGAAUGGUGGCUGUGUUAUAAUUCAUUUAUUGACAAAUUCUUGAUUUCUGCAAUGAAAUAAACCAUGAACAAAUGA